AUGUUCUCACUUCCUCAUUACAUUUUCACCUUUUAUGUCACGCACUUCGAUCCUUCUCCUCUUCGCUCUUUCAGUAUAGCCUGCUUUGACCCCGACGACCUCCCCUGGCCACUGCGCGUGAAUUCGUUCCCCCUUUUCCGGAAAAUUUUCUCAAUUCUGUUCGGAUUUUUCUCCACAGUCCGGUACGGACUAGCGUGGCCGGGACAGGUUCCGAUUCCACAAUGCGAAUCCACCCUCCUUCCAAGCUACGAUUUUGUCGUUAUCGGAAGUGGGACAGCCGGCUCGGUUGUUGCAGGACGACUCUCUUCUUCGUUCGCGUCGCCCAGCCCCUCUUCGGCACCCUCUACUUCGCGGUCUUCACCGUCGGUUCUUCUCAUCGAAGCUGGAAGUCUUCCGGACUUGCGCGUCUUCUCUCCUCAUGUCAUUCCACUGCAGACCCUCGAGAACCAGAGGUCCGACAUUGACUGGAAAUUCGUCACAGAGAAACAGGCACACGCAUGCAAGGGUCUGAACCGGAAUGUAUCUUUCUGGCCUCGUGGAAAGAUCGGAGGUGGAUCGAGUGUCUUGAAUUACAUGCUUUAUGUCCGUGGUCACCGAGACGAUUACAACUCCUGGGCUGCGUGCGUUGGCGAUUCGACGUGGAGUUACGAAAAAGUGCUUCCCUACUUCAAACGACUCGAGCGCGUCACUUUUCCUCUCGACGAGAAGAACCAAAGAUACAGAGGGACUUCAGGACCAAUUCCAGUUUCGUUCAAACAGCCGCCACUGGACCCUGCAGUGGCUGCAUUCCUGGCUUCAGGCGCAGGCCUCGGGUUUCCGCCGCAGCGCGAUUACAACGCCGGCGAGCUCGAGGGCGUUUCCCCUUUCCAGUACAACACGGAGUUCGGGAGGCGCGUGACGUCGUUUCAGAGCUAUUUGUACACUGGCGAGUACGAGAAAAAGAGUCGCCUGCACGCACUGUUCAAUGUCCGUGCAACAAAAAUCCUCUUCGACGAAAAGAAACGCGUCGUUGGCGUCAACGUGGUUAAGGAAUCCCAGUGCGCGGCGGACACUUGGGGAAAGUGCGAUGUGAGAACGAUUGGAGUAAACGAAGAGGUGAUUCUUGCUGGCGGAGCAGUGCAGACGCCGCAGCUUCUCGAAUUGUCAGGGAUAGGAGAUCCGUCGCGACUCCAAGCCUUAGGCGUUGAUGUUACUGCGAAUUUACCGGCAGUGGGAGAGAACCUCCAGGACCACUUCUACACGCCGCGCCUCUUUACACUGAAGAAGCGUCUGCCUGCCGAUCUGUUCCGUUCCCUCGUUAGUGAACCGUGGAUACAGCACCGAGGGGACAGAUCGGAACAGGGGGAGAGAGGCGAAAAGCGAGAAAACGAUUCCCCGGACAACACAGCGGUGAACCAAGAGUCUCCAGGGCCAAGCCCAUCCAGUCUUUCGUUGAGUUCUUUCUCUUCUCGCUCAGUUUCGCCUCCUCCGUCCCCGUCGGCGUUCGCGGCUUCGUCGCCCGCUGCGUCCUCUGCUGAUCCUACCGUUUCUAACUCUCCUUCUGCCUCUCUUUGGAGACAGAAACUCGGAGAGGGCCCAAGAGCAAAGCUCGGAAGCGCAGUGGAGGAGAUGCUUCUCGAGAGUGCGAAUCGCGCACGGGGGACGCGCCUCAGCUCCAUUUUCGAUUUCCUGUUUUUCGGAAAAGGAGUCCUUGCGACUUCGGGUGCAGACGCUCAGCUAGUCACAGGACAGCUCGUCACAGAGACCGCGGAAGACGUGAAGAGAGAGGCAGAGUUAGACCCUCGCUUCCCAUCCUCUUGUCCCCGAAACCUGAAGCUCCCCGACAUACAAAUCCACUUUUUCAAUGCCUUGCCAGAAAGCCGCGCGUUGACGCAGUACAUGAACCUGCCGUCUGUGGUUAGUCGCCUCGUCGGCAGUCCUCUCGACUGGGCCGAAGAGACAGAAGGCGCCGAAACCGCAGACCGAGACCCGGGACAGGAACAUACCGAGAGCGAACGAAACCGACGGCAAGGAACGGACGAUAGGAACACAAAAACAGCGGCGCCAAAUCCACACGGGGCGAUCAUGCUUCCGGUUCUUCUUCAUCCACGUAGCCGGGGAUAUGUGCAUGCACAAUCGGCAAAUCCUUUCCAACCUCCAACCAUUGAUCCUGUGUACAUCCAAAGUGAACGCGACCUUAAAGCUCUGGUCGAAGGCCUGAAAAUCAUCGAUCGCCUUGUCGCUCAACCACCUUUCCGAGAUGUGAUUAAAAAGGAACUCCUCCCGUCAUGCGACUUCCACGUCCCACUCCCCUCACGGCGUGUUUCCACUCCGGAGACCGGCGCCCAAUCUUCUUCUGUUUCUUUCUCUCCACCCUCUCCACCUUUGGCGUUUGCGCCUGCGAGUGCCUCUCCUUCGUGUUCUGCGUUUGCGCCUCCUUUUGAGUUCCCAUCGCCGCCGUCUGUGUCUCCUCGCGCGUCAGUGUCGUCGCUCGUCGCGGCGCCAGGGACUCGAACGACGACUGCGUUCCCGGUCAACACCUUCUCCCACUCCGUGGAACACGUCGAGUUUUGCGACUUCGUCUCGGAGUAUCGCUCGGGGAAACGACCUUACGAAUCGGUUCUCGAGAAACUCGUCCGGUACUUUACGCUCACGCUGUACCACCCCGUGGGCACCGCCCGCAUGGGACGGGGCCGCGGAGAGAGAAAAGCGAAAAAGAGGACAGAGAAGAGCGGAGAGGAGACAGACGACCGGGGACAUAGUGCCGGGGAAAGAGAAGCAGGAGACUCGAAAGGGGACGAGCAGCGGGGACAGCGAGUUGGCGACGCAGCAGAGGAGAGGGAGACGCGCAGACGGCAUCCCGAGGGGGAGAGCGGACCCCAAGGGACACCCGCGGGUCACAGAGAGGCCCAGGGAGGAGACAGACGGCAGGCUCGAGCAGGAAGCGAGAAGACGCCCCCGGAGAGAAAAGAAAGACAAGACGAAGAAGUCUGGGCACGCGAUGCAGUUGUCGAUUCACGUCUCCUGGUUUGCGGCGGAGAGUGCGUCUCGGGCCUGAGAAUAGCCGACGCCUCCGUCAUGCCUCAUCUGCCUUCGGGAAACACACAAGCUGCGGUCAUGAUGAUUGCGGAGAAGGCCGUUGAUUUCAUUCUCGAAGACAGAAAGACGCGGCUCAGCUCAGAGAGAAGACGACAGUAA